GCUUUAAAGAAUGCGUUCCAGAGGCAGUGAUACCGAGGGCUCAGCCCAAAAGAAAUUUCCAAGACAUACUAAAGGCCACAGUUUCCAGGGGCCUAAAAACAUGAAGCACAGACAGCAAGACAAAGACUCCCCCAGUGAGUCGGAUGUAAUACUUCCGUGUCCCAAGGCAGAGAAGCCACACAGUGGUAAUGGCCACCAAGCAGAAGACCUCUCAAGAGAUGACCUGUUAUUUCUCCUCAGCAUUCUGGAGGGAGAACUGCAGGCUCGAGAUGAGGUCAUAGGCAUUUUAAAGGCUGAAAAAAUGGACCUGGCUUUGCUGGAAGCUCAGUACGGGUUUGUCACUCCAAAAAAGGUGUUAGAGGCUCUCCAGAGAGAUGCUUUCCAAGCGAAAUCUGCCCCUUGGCAGGAGGACAUCUAUGAGAAACCAAUGAAUGAGUUGGACAAAGUUGUGGAAAAACAUAAAGAAUCUUACAGACGAAUCCUGGGACAGCUUUUAGUGGCAGAAAAAUCCCAUAGGCAAACCAUAUUGGAGUUGGAGGAAGAAAAGAGAAAACAUAAAGAAUACAUGGAGAAGAGUGAUGAAUUCAUAUGCUUACUAGAACAGGAAUGUGAAAGAUUAAAGAAGCUAACUGAUCAAGAAAUCAAGUCUCAGGAGGAGAAGGAGCAAGAAAAGGAGAAAAGGGUCACCACCCUGAAAGAGGAGCUGACCAAGCUGAAGUCUUUUGCCUUGAUGGUGGUGGAUGAACAACAAAGGCUGGCGGCACAGCUCACCCUUCAAAGACAGAAAAUCCAAGAGCUGACCACAAAUGCAAAAGAAACACAUACCAAACUAGCCCUUGCUGAAGCCAGAGUUCAGGAGGAAGAGCAGAAGGCAACCAGACUAGAGAAGGAACUGCAAACACAGACCACAAAGUUUCACCAGGACCAAGACACAAUUAUGGCGAAGCUCACCAAUGAGGACAGUCAAAAUCGCCAGCUUCAACAAAAGCUGGCAGCACUCAGCCGGCAGAUUGAUGAGUUAGAAGAGACAAACAGGUCUUUACGAAAAGCAGAAGAGGAGCUGCAAGAUAUAAAAGAAAAAAUCAGUAAGGGAGAAUAUGGAAACGCUGGUAUCAUGGCUGAAGUGGAAGAGCUCAGGAAACGUGUGCUAGAUAUGGAAGGGAAAGAUGAAGAGCUCAUAAAAAUGGAGGAGCAGUGCAGAGAUCUCAAUAAGAGGCUUGAAAGGGAGACGUUACAGAGUAAAGACUUUAAACUACAGGUUGAAAAACUCAGUAAAAGAAUUAUGGCUCUGGAAAAGUUAGAAGACGCUUUCAACAAAAGCAAACAAGAAUGCUACUCUCUGAAAUGCAAUUUAGAAAAAGAAAGGAUGACCACAAAGCAGUUGUCUCAAGAACUGGAGAGUUUAAAAGUAAGGAUCAAAGAACUAGAAGCCAUUGAAAGUCGGCUAGAAAAGACAGAAUUCACUCUAAAAGAGGAUUUAACUAAACUGAAAACAUUAACUGUGAUGUUUGUAGAGGAACGGAAAACAAUGAGUGAAAAAUUAAAGAAAACUGAAGAUAAAUUACAAGCUGCUUCUUCUCAGCUUCAAGUGGAGCAAAAUAAAGUAACAACAGUUACUGAGAAGUUAAUUGAGGAAACUAAAAGGGCACUCAAGUCCAAAACCGACGUAGAAGAAAAGAUGUACAGCGUAACCAAGGAGAGAGAUGAUUUAAAAAACAAAUUGAAAGCGGAAGAAGAGAAAGGAAAUGAUCUCCUGUCAAGAGUUAAUAUGUUGAAAAAUAGGCUUCAAUCCUUGGAAGCAAUUGAGAAAGAUUUCCUAAAAAACAAAUUAAAUCAAGACUCUGGGAAAUCCACAACAGCAUUACACCAAGAAAACAAUAAGAUUAAGGAGCUCUCUCAAGAAGUGGAAAGACUGAAACUGAAGCUAAAGGACAUGAAAGCCAUUGAGGAUGACCUCAUGAAAACAGAAGAUGAAUAUGAGACUCUAGAACGAAGGUACGCUAAUGAACGAGACAAAGCUCAAUUUUUAUCUAGAGAGCUGGAACAUGUUAAAAUGGAGCUUGCUAAGUACAAGUUAGCAGAAAAGACAGAGACCAGCCAUGAACAAUGGCUUUUCAAAAGGCUUCAAGAAGAAGAAGCUAAGUCAGGGCACCUCUCAAGAGAAGUAGAUGCAUUAAAAGAGAAAAUUAAUGAAUACAUGGCAACUGAAGACCUAAUAUGUCACCUCCAGGGAGAUCACUCAGUCCUGCAAAAAAAACUAAAUCAACAAGAAAACAGGAACAGAGAUUUAGGAAGAGAGAUUGAAAACCUCACUAAGGAGUUAGAGAGGUACCGGCAUUUCAGUAAGAGCCUCAGGCCUAGUCUCAAUGGAAGAAUUUCCGAUCCUCAAGUAUUUUCUAAAGAAGUUCAGACAGAAGCAGUAGACAAUGAACCACCUGAUUACAAGAGCCUCAUUCCUCUGGAACGUGCCGUCAUCAAUGGUCAGUUAUAUGAGGAGAAUGAGGAUCAAGACGAGGACCCUAAUGAUGAGGGAUCUGUGCUGUCCUUCAAAUGCAGCCAGUCUACUCCAUGUCCUGUUAACAGAAAGCUAUGGAUUCCCUGGAUGAAAUCCAAGGAGGGCCAUCCUCAGAAUGGAAAAAUACAAACUAAACCCAAUGCCAACUUUGUGCAACCUGGAGAUCUAGUCCUAAGCCACACACCUGGGCAGCCACUUCAUAUAAAGGUUACUCCAGACCAUGUACAAAACACAGCCACUCUUGAAAUCACAAGUCCGACCACAGAGAGUCCUCACUCUUACACGAGUACUGCAGUGAUACCGAACUGUGGCACGCCAAAGCAAAGGAUAACCAUCCUCCAAAAUGCCUCCAUAACACCAGUAAAGUCCAAAACCUCUACCGAAGACCUCAUGAAUUUAGAACAAGGCAUGUCCCCAGUUACCAUGGCAACCUUUGCCAGAGCACAGACCCCAGAGUCUUGUGGUUCUCUAACUCCAGAAAGGACAAUGUCCCCUAUUCAGGUUUUGGCUGUGACUGGUUCAGCUAGCUCUCCUGAGCAGGGACGCUCCCCAGAACCAAUAGAAAUCAGUGCCAAGCAUGCGAUAUUCAGAGUCUCCCCGGACCGGCAGUCAUCAUGGCAGUUUCAGCGUUCAAACAGUAAUAGCUCAAGUGUGAUAACUACUGAGGAUAAUAAAAUCCACAUUCACUUAGGAAGUCCUUACAUGCAAGCUGUAGCCAGCCCUGUGAGACCUGCCAGCCCUUCAGCACCACUGCAGGAUAACCGAACUCAAGGCUUAAUUAACGGGGCACUAAACAAAACAACCAAUAAAGUCACCAGCAGUAUUACUAUCACACCAACAGCCACACCUCUUCCUCGACAAUCACAAAUUACAAUCAAGGAAGUACGAAAGCAGAGAAUCCCAACACGGAUCCCUAAACCAAAAUCUACAGGCAUCACCAAGAUUUCCACUAAAGCCCCCACAGUGCCUAUGGAUAAGCCUGUUUACCAAAAUGGCUGUGGGAAGCUACACAUCGUGAGAACUGUCACCUCCAACACUUUCCUCCACAUGGGAGGGAGAAGGUAACUCAUACCAAUGCACUGCUUGGAUACAUUCAUCUACAGAAAUAUGUGGAAAGCUAAAAUUACCACUAUGAAAGGCCAAAGGAUCAUCUCUCCAGGAAAUGGUGAAGCAGCUUGGUGGACCUGAUGAAGAUCAUCCCCAAAAAAGCAGCACAUCUACAAUUAUUUUAUUUCUAUAUGUAUAUAUGCACAUACAAACACUCGCAGGCCUAGACCCACACCCAAAUCUACCCAUUUCCUCAUCUGACAUAUAAUCUAACCCAAAGAUGAACUAUCUAAAAUCAGCCUGGGAUAGGACUGAAUUCACUAGAACAGUUCAAGAGUUUUCUCGUGAAAACAGAGGUAAUUCUUCAUUCUACAGAACUUUGCUGAUUAAUCAUAUUUUGCUAAGAAAAGGUGAUAGCAAAAAUUCCUAAUCUGAGUCAAGAAAAUCAGAUUAUUUCCAUCAAGAUGACAGGACAAUUAAAAUCACACUUUAAGGUCUAAAACUAUGAUUUCUUUAUGACCAGGAGGGAAAAAGCAAAGUGAUAAUUCUUAAAGGAGGAAAAGCACAACAAAAGUGAGUAACAGCCGAAUACGUCCUUUGUGCAGAAUACCUGACAAUCACCGGUGUAGUGAGCAUACCUGACCACUGGCACUUAGUCUCCUAUCCCAUUUUUCCAGUAUGUUUCCCCUCCUGUAUAAACCAGGACUCAGAAUCAUAUUGCUAGGCUUGUAAAACUAACAAAAAUUUUAGAUUGGUAUUGUUGCUUUCUAUAGCAAUAGCGGCAUAUCUGAAUCAAAGGUCAAUAACACUGAGAUAUUUUAGGGAGAUAUGAAUCAACGUUCCAGGUGCUCGAAAAAAUACACAAUUUAUCAUCU